GUUUUUCCAUAAGCUCCGCCCCUCGCGCUGUUUGCACUGCGCAUGUUUGGGAUCAUGGCUGCUGUUUUGGAGUCUACUUUCUACAUGGGCUUCGACGUCAGCACGCAGCAGCUGAAGGCUGUGGUCAUAGAUGGAGAUCUGCGCGUGGUUCAUCGAAACGCCGUCCAGUUUGACUCUGAGCUGCCAGAGUUUAGGACCGAGGGAGGGGUUCACAUCCAUGCCGACCGUCUGAUGGUCACCUCACCUGUGCUGAUGUGGGUCAAGGCUUUUGACCUGCUGCUGGACAAAAUGAAGAGGGCGGGCCUUGACUUUUCUCGUGUUGCAGCGCUGUCCGGCAGCGGCCAGCAACAUGGCAGUGUGUUCUGGAAAAAGGGAGCAUCUGAGACCCUGAAGCAGCUUCACCCUGACCAGAGCCUGCACCAGCUGCUGCAGGACAGCUUCUCUGUGUGGGACAGUCCAGUCUGGAUGGACUCGAGCAGUACUUUCCAGUGUCAGUACCUACAGGCUGCAGCAGGUGGCGCACUAAGACUGGCAGAGAUCACUGGCUCCAGAGCUUAUGAGCGCUUCACUGGAAACCAAAUUGCCAAAGUCUGUGCGAGUCAACCUAAAGCCUUUCAGAACACGGAGAGGAUCUCACUGGUCAGCAGCUUCGCUGCAUCGCUCUUUCUUGGAGGUUACGCAGCCAUUGACCACAGUGAUGGUUCUGGAAUGAAUUUGUUGGACAUCCAGAGUAAAAAGUGGUCUGAUGUCUGUCUGAGAGCCACUGCCCCUCAUCUGGACCGACUUCUGGGAGAGCCAUUGCCCUCAUCGACUGUAUUGGGUCCAGUCUCUCCUUACUAUGUCCACCGAUACGGUUUCAGGGAGAGCUGCAGGGUGGUAGCCUUUACCGGAGACAACCCAGCAUCUCUGGCGGGGAUGAGGCUCCAACAGGGGGACGUAGCUGUGAGUCUGGGGACCAGUGACACCGUGUUCCUGUGGAUCCAGGAGCCCCGACCUGCCCUUGAGGGCCACAUCCUUUGCAGCCCGGUGGACAUGCAGGCCUACAUGGCUCUGCUGUGCUUUAAGAACGGAUCUCUGACCCGGGAGCGGAUCAGGAACGAGUGUGCUGGAGGAUUAUGGGAAACCUUUUCUGCUGCUCUGAAGGAUACCCCCCUCGGAAAUCAUGGAAACAUUGGCUUUUAUUUUGACACUAUGGAGAUCACACCUGCUGCGGUGGGCGUUUAUCGCUUUGACUCGGAAGACUCUGAGGUGUGCUCUUGGAGCCCUCAGGUGGAGGUGCGGGCUCUGGUGGAGGGUCAGUUUCUGUCCAGGAGGCUGCAUGCUGAGAAGCUUGGAUAUUCCAUCAUUCCAGGAACCAGAGUUCUGGCAACUGGAGGAGCUUCAUCCAACAGGGAGAUUCUGCAGGUUCUGUCUGACGUCUUCAACGCCCCAGUUUACAGCAUUGACCUUUCUGACUCUGCUUGCCUGGGAUCUGCCUACAGAGCUCUGCAUGGCCUCUUAGCAGAGUCUGGAGUGUCCUUCCUUGAUGCAGUCAAGAAAGCUCCAGAGCCACAGCUGGUGGUGAGGCCUCAUCCCACAGCCAAACAGGUUUAUGAUCACAUGUUGAAGCGUUUCGCCCGUCUGGAGGACCAAGUCCUGAAGAAGAGCCCAGCGUCGCUAAGAACCAAGCCAGUCUGUGCGUCCACCUGUGUGAAAACACUAGUGCCUCCAUGAGGAAUCCAGAGAAACUGCAAACAUGUGGAGGUGCUGUGAGAUUUAUUCCAGUUUUCACUUGAACACAUCAAAUGUGCUUUUUCAACCAAAACAGUGUUAAUAUAAUAAGAGGUAACAAAGCAACGUCUUUAAAAGAGAACCGAGCAUCUACGGAAGAAUGAUUUUAACAUCUUCCUAAGUUAAAAAAAAGUAUUUUAAUUCAUGAUUUUAAAAAAGCAAUUAAAAAAUAAAUAUAACAAGCUCUUCAAAGUGAAACUGCUGAUGUAGAACAGCAGAAUCAAUAUCUGACUGUUAUGUUUUUCUGAUUUUCAGUGUUUCAUAUUUUUGUAAUUUUGUAUAAUUUUAAUAAAUAUGAUAAUGCAA